AUGUCGAGAUCUUCGGUGGGUGACUUCUUGAAUUUCACUCUCUCCUUUUCACCCCUGCGAAAUGAAGCGCCCCAGUUAACAGAGCCUAGAAGCCAAAAACAUGUCGUUCUGAAAGUGUCUACUUCGCUGCAGAAGUUCCCCACGGCGACAGACCGCGAAUACAAGAUUUAUGAGCGGCUUGCGAAAGUCAACUCGACACAUCCAGGACAAUCAUUGAUUCGAGAGCUGUACGACUCGUUUGAGCUGAAGGGCCGUGCUGGAAAGCACCGAUGUCUCGUCCUCCAACCAAUGCAUAUGACGCUCCUGGAAAUGAUGCGACUGAAUCCAAGACCGUUCGAUCUAAAGACGGACAAUCUCAUGCUCAGCCUAGAAGAUGAUACAAUGCUAGCGGAUUUUACAAAAGAGGAGAUCGAUCACCCAAGCCCGCGCAAGCAAGUCAGUGAAUCGCGCACUAUUUAUCAGAGUCGGCGAUUUCGCCGGCCGACCAGAGGAAAAGGCUACGGUCUCCCUAUUCUUUGCGACUUUGGUGAGGCGAGAAUUGGGCAGAGACAAGAGUCCGGCCCGUUCGUCCAGCCUCAUAUAUACAGAGCGCCAGAGAUCAUUUUCGAGAUGACUUGGGGAAGUCCCGUAGAUAUCUGGAAUCUGGGCGCUUUGAUUUGGGAUCUGUUUGAAGGAACACAUCUGUUCGGAGAUAUCUUCGAUAGCAGAGGCGGCCACGAUCCAUUCAAACAUCUUGCACUGAUGGUCGCUCUGAUCGGACCGCCGCCGACUGAAUUCGUGCAGCGCAGCGAGACAACAGACCAAUGUUUUGACCGGAAUGGUAGACUUUUGCCUUAG